AUGGAAAACAUUACUGUCUCUUUUUACCUUAACUUAACCAUGUUCAUGAACAUCGGACACUAUCGUUAUCCUACCUUUGUCUUUUGCCUCCUGCUCUACAGCUUUAUUGUGUCAGCUAAUUUUACCAUGAUAUUGAUAAUAAUACGAGAGAGAACACUACAUGAGCCCAUGUAUGUUUUCAUUGCAUUUUUAUCUGCCAACUCUCUGUACGGUUCUACUAGUUUCUUCCCCAGAUUCCUCAUGGACGUUCUGUCUGAUAUUCAUUUGAUCUCUCGCCCUGCUUGUUUCACUCAGAUCUAUGUUAUUCACACAUAUGCUUUUUAUGAACUGACAACUCUCAGCAGUAUGGCAUAUGAUAGAUAUGUUGCUGUAUGUCAUCCUUUACAUUAUCACAGAAAGAUGAACUCUAAAACUGUCUAUACAUUGACCUUUUUUGCUUGGGUCUGUCCAGCCUGUUACCUUUCAGUAAGCCUUUUCAUGAUUGUCAGGCUUCCUCUGUGUGGUAACAAUAUACAGAAAGUAUACUGUGCCAGUUGGAAUAUUGUAAAGUUAUCUUGUGUUACCACUGCUGUAAAUGAUAUUGUUGCUUUGUUGGGUGCCAUAGCCGUAGCCUUUCUUCCCUUUGGUUGUAUCUUGUACACUUAUCUAAGAAUUGUGCUUGCUUGUUGGAAAAAGUCAUCAGAGGUCAGGAGGAAAGUUUUGCAGAGUUGUCUUCCACAUGUUAUCUCAUUUGUAAUUUAUUCCAUCACAUCUUUUAGCGAUACUGCCCUGAACCGACAAAAUCUUGAAGAGAUAAAUCCAUUUGUGGCUGUAAUUUUAUCAGUAGAAUUUAUUAUCAUUCCUCCAUUUCUGAAUCCUCUGGUGUACGGUCUCAAAUUACCUGAAAUUAGAAAACACAUUUACAAGAUAUUUCUAUAUGCUUCAGACCACAAAGAAAAACAGAAUUCCUGUACAGCACGAUCAGAAUCUACACUGAUCAUGUGA